AAGGGGAAGUUGUUUUUGUUAAUUUGGAAUAUUAUAUUUCUUUUUUAACUGUUUUAUUCUUCCAACUGCUAGUUACACGCUGAAGGACUGCAGGGUCACACAGAACAGACAGGCCAUCUGUCAGAAUAACAAUUUGAAAUUAUUUCCAAAGGACAUUCCAGCAAGUGUCACAAGUAUAGACCUGUCUGGAAACAAGAUUUCUAAACUAAGUAAAACUGAUUUAAAAGAUUUACCAAAUCUGUUACGCUUACAAGUGACACGGAACAGGAUCUCCAAAAUUGAAUUUUCCACUUUUGUGGUUCAAAUCUCUCUGAAGGUGUUAAUGUUAAACAACAACAUACUUUGUAAGCUACAGGAGGGUAUGUUUGAUGGCUUGGUCAAUCUCAUAGAAUUGUAUCUGGCUUCCAAUCAGAUCCAAACAGUAGCACCGGCCUCUUUCAAGUCUCUGAGCAAGCUUAGGAUUUUGGACCUAGGCCAUAACAAACUGCGCCACUUAACAAACGUCUUCUUACAACAUACACCACAUUUACAAAACCUGUACAUUCCAGCAAACAAAAUUUCCACUUUUCAAUCAUGGGAGCUGUCAAAUAAGUCUACAGAACUUGUUACACUUGAUUUGUCUCAGAAUGAGCUCAUGUACUUUAGGCUCACUGCAGGUAUCUUUCCCAAACUCAAAAGGUUGUUCCUUGAGGAUGGUAUAAAGAAUGGUAUUGUCUGGGAGGUGAAUGACACAUCGUACCUUAGAAAUGUGGUUAGACUAGAUGUCAGUGGGGUUCGCUCCUCAUUACAUGGACUGCAGGAAGUGCUAGAGACAUUUAACUCCUCCUCCUCACUGAGGUAUCUGCAGUUAAACCAAAUAAAUAACGGCCUGCGGGAUCUCAUCAAUAUUUCCUGCAAAUUCUCAAAGCUGAGCUAUUUUGAAAUCCGAAAUAACAGCAUCAAAGUUAUUAGAUCAGACCUGCUGCACGAUUGCACUUAUCUGAAAUUAUUAGACUUGGGGAUGAAUGAGAUAACUGAAAUCUCUAACAAUUCGUUUCAAUCUCUUAGGCUGCUUAACACUUUAAUCCUAAAGUCUAACUGUCUCACAUCUGUCCCCUAUGCUGUAAGGAAAACUCGAAUCUCAAAACUGGAUCUCAGCCACAAUAAGAUCAAUAUUCUUGGCUGUGAUGAUUUUGCCAAUAUGACCCGUCUCAGCGUUAUCUAUCUAUCCAAUAAUCCUCUCUUGGCCCUCAAGGAUUGCGUUUUCAAAGAUUUGGUCAAUUUAAAUAGAUUAAAGUUGCAAAACAGCAGCAUUCAUCAAUUAAACGGCACCUUCAAAAAUAACAAGCAGAAUCUUAAAACUCUUUCUUUGAUAAACAAUAAACUCACUGUUCUAGAUCAUGGAGAAUUUGAAGCUCUGAAAUCCCUCCAGACUUUGUCAUUAAAAGGGAAUAAAUUACAACAACUUAAGGAUGGGACUUUUUUUGGACUGUCCAGGCUUACACAUCUUAAUCUCGAAUCAAAUAAAAUAUCUGAAAUUACAAACGGUACUUUUGGUGACUUGAAAGCUUUAAAGACAUUGAAUUUGAAGAACAAUCAAAUUAAAUAUGCAUCGGUAGAGCCUAUUCUGUAUCCACCAUUUGCUGAGCUUUCACAACUAGAUACGUUGGAUAUUUCCGGUCAAAGCAGAUCUCGUAAGCGGUUAAACUUCCCUCAAAACUUUCUGCAAGGCCUGACAAAUCUGUCAAUACUCUACAUCCAUGGUAACCAUCUUACAUCCGUGCACCCAAACACCUUCAACUAUACUCCUAAUUUGAAUGUUCUUGUUAUGUCCAACAAUUUUUUAACAGACAUUCACAACAAUUUGUUUUCCCCAACUCAAAAACUAAAAGAUCUUUACAUUUCAAUGACAAUGCUGAGGUCUCUAGAUUUUCUGCUCCAUGCUAACCUCACAGAGCUGGAGAUGUUGCAGGUGGCAUAUAAUACCUUUUCUGUGAUUAGAGAACCAGUAAUGCUGUCUCUGCCAGCACUUACUUACCUGGAUAUGCAGGGUAAUGGCUUCACCUGUAACUGUGACAACGCGUGGUUCCUCCAAUGGGUAAUCACAAACGAGCAAACACAAGUAUUUGCAGCGUACAACUAUGAAUGCAGCUACCCUCCAAACCUUAAAGGUAGAAAACUGUUGCAGGUUGACGUCCGUUCUUGUAUAGUAGACAUGGACUUCAUCUGUUAUAUUUCAACGGCAUGCGCGGUCAUCAUGACCCUAGCAGUCUCCUUCACUCACCAUUUCCUACAAUGGCAUCUGGUCUACGCGUACUACCUCAUGCUGGCCUUCCUCUACAACUCAAAGAACAAGGACAAGCGUGCUCAUCAGUACGAUGCCUUCGUCUCCUACAACGCAAACGACGAGGGCUGGGUGCUGGGGGAGCUGCUGCCCAAGCUGGAGGACGAGCAGGGCUGGAGACUGUGUCUGCACCACCGAGACUUCCAGCCAGGUAAACCCAUCAUGGAAAACAUUACAGACGCCAUCUAUGGUAGCCGGAAGACCAUCUGUGUGGUCAGUCGCGAUUACCUGGAGAGUGAAUGGUGCUCCAGAGAGAUCCAGGUUGCCAGCUUCCGUCUGUUUGACGAGCAGAAGGACGUGCUGAUCCUGGUGUUCCUGGAGGACAUUCCCAUGCAGCAGCUUUCUCCGUACUACCGCAUGAGGAGGCUCCUGAAGAGACAAACCUACCUGAGCUGGUCCCGCGCAGACGCACACCCAAACCUGUUCUGGGAGAAGCUCCGGCAGGCCCUGGAGACCCAGGAGCACCCAAUGGGUGAGCAUAUACUGCUCACCAUGAAGGACGGACCCCCUGGAGAGAGACCAGACCAGUAAAAGGCUUAGAAAUGCUGGGGGGAGGGGGGGGAUUCUUCGUUUAUUCGGUUAUUCGUUUAUUCAGGUCCCCAUUAGCUGAUGCCAAAGACACCAGCUACUCUUCCUGGGGUCCACACAAGAAAACAACGUACCAAACAACAGAUAAAAAAGGAAAAGCAUAUAACAAAGAAGAAAUCAACAGAUAAAGCAAGGAUUAUACUAGAGACACCCGAGGUCUGUAUUUGGAGGGAAAGUGAAACAGUUCCCCUACCAGCUUUGUUUGUUUUUGUGCAUUGUAAAACACUUUCUUAAUCUAGUUAAUGGGUACAUUUGGUGUGGAUUUGUAUUUUUGUUCAUUGCGACAUUGAUGAAAACAUUGUCUAAUGUUUUCCAAUUUGUGCGGUUGGGCAUUUCAACUUCUGAUGAAAUCUGGGGAGAACUGACCCGAGGUUUGUCAUCGACAAUGAAGACUUCUUCUGGGUGGGAGUUCUGUUGUUUGCCAAUAGCUGAGUUUAUUAGCUCAAGUGCUAACCAAUCAUUAGCAUGCAAAGGUAUGUAAACCGCCAUCACUAUAACAAGGCUGAAGUUCCCUAAGUGUAUGAAAAGGCCUGCAUUUCAAGAUAUGUUCCGGAUCGGGUGGGCAGAAAAUGUCAGUGACACUUGUGUCUGUGUACCAAACAACGUUAUCGCUUGUUUCUUUGCGUAGCUCUAUAUCUUUAUAUUGUUUCUUUGCGUAGCUCAUAGCUCUAUAUUAUUGUAUCAAGGCCUAACUUAAAAGGGGAAACUAUGGUCAUUGUUAAUUUGAAAUUAAACUUGUUUUCUAUUCUAAAACCCAUAUCAAAGACUGCAACUUUACCAUCUGUAAAAGGUUGAGUAUUUCUAAGCCUGACUUGGCCCAUGCACAUUGUUGUGUAGUGACCCCUAGAGGGCUGCCAUGUAUAUAGCACCAUUGAUAAAAGUUUAUAUUAAUCGAAUAGUUUGUAUGAGAAUCAAGUUUUAUGAUGGAUAAGUAGGAUCAAGGAUCAAUGCAGGUUCAAUAUUAACCUAAUUUAGAAGAUGAAUCUGAAACUGCUGUUUUUCUUUAAUAUGAAUUGAAUUAUAAGUAAAAUUCUCGUUCACAGAAGAUAUUUUGUUUCUAUAUCACUGUUACGCUGCACUAGACUUUUACACCUUAAUACUAUCACUAUGCCACAUGUCAUGAUUACAUACACAUGUAUACAGUGGUGUAUAGUAACAAAGUAGCAAUACUUUGUGACUGUACUUCAGUUGUUUUUAGGGGAUUUGUACUUCAUUAUAUUUAGCAUGUACAUUUCUAGCAACUUUCACUUUUACUCAGUU